CCUGGCAGGCCUGGGAACCGAGGGGACUCAGGGGAACCUGGCAGGCCUGGGAACUGAGGGGACCCUGGCUGCGGGAACCUGGAAACUGAGGGGUCCCGGGGGAACCCGGCAGCCCUGGGAACUGGGGGGAACCUGGCAGCCCUGGAGCCCGGCAGCCCUGGAUACUGGGGGGACCCGGGGGAGCCCGGCAGC